CAUCCAACAAAAGAGCAUCCCAAGCACUAUUGUAAACGGGAGAAGAAAAUGCCGUUAAUGCAAAUGGUUCCAAUGUUGAUGAAAGAAGAGAAUAAGGAGGACUAUGAGCCAAAAGUGGUUUCAUUCGGGCCUUACCACCAUGGAAAUGAGAAGCUCAAGUUCGUUGAGGAUUUCAAGCCCACUGCAGUUCAAAUGUUCAUCGGAGACAUGAAUGAAGAUGUUUUCAUUGCUGCGAUAUUAAGGGAGAUUGAGAAUGUUAAAAAGUGUUACCUAGAAGAAUUCACAUGUAGGUACACAGAUAUACAAUUUGCUCAUAUGAUGCUUAGAGAUGCAUGUGUCAUUUUAAAUUAUUUUGGACCAAAUAUUGAUGACAAGUCAUAUAAAGUGGCGGAGACAAUUAAUCAUCAUCUUGGUAUUGCUGUUUAUAGCAGCAUUAAACGUGACAUGUAUUUGCUUGAAAAUCAAAUACCUUUCCUAAUUCUCGAGAUGUUGGUUGACUUGAGAUAUAAGACUCCUAGACAUUCAUUUAUAAAGGCGAUGGAACGGGAUUCCUUUAAAAUGUUCUUCAAUGACAAGAAGGGAAUGAUUGAACAUGCUGAAGCUGAAGAUGAUCGGAAGAAUCCCGCUCACCUUCUUGAAAUUUUCCGAAGAGUAAUUGUGACAGGUCCAGAUCAUGAUCCUAUUUUGAAAAGUUAUUAUAGUUGCGUCUGCAAUAUCAACAACUUGCUAUCGUGCUGCUGCUGCAGAUGUAAAGAUGAUCCUACUACUAGUAAUCGUAAAGAAAGCCGGGUUUACUUGUUACGUUCAGUAACGGAUCUUAAAUCAAAGGGCAUUCAUUUCAGGGCUAGCCAGAUGCAAUCUCUCAAGGGUAUAAGAUUACGUCCCAGUAAAUUUGGUCUGUCUGCAGAGCUGCAGCUCCCGUGUUUGUAUGUUGAUAUGGACACCAGAGUGUUUUUCAAAAACGUGAUGGCAUAUGAGUUUUCUCCCCAUUUGAAUUAUUUCGAUCAUUCUGUGGCUGUAUAUGUGACUUUGAUGAAACGAUUUGUGGCUUCAAAAGAGGAUGUGAAAGAGCUGCGAGACAAGGGUAUUAUAAUCAACCAAUUAGAGAGUGACGAACAAGUGGUGCAACUCUAUAAAGAUUUGAAUACUUAUGGGGCACACAAUAAUUCUACUGUCUGGGUUUUCUGGGAUUGUAUGGAAUCACACUUUAACAGCAAUGCCAAAUUGUGGAUAGCUGAUUUCAAAACUAAAUAUUUUGACAAUCCCUGGACUACAAUUACUUUGGCUGGUUCUAUUUUCUUCCUGUUCAUGGAUAUUGUCCAGACCUACUUUGCAGCAGUUCCACCUGCUUCAACAAAAUGAUUUUUGUUAUCGAUUUGUCCAGUCCAUUCAAUCACUCUCUCUCUUUUUUUUUCUUUUUUUUUACUGAACUCAAUCACUGUCUUGUAUGUGUGUUUCUAUA